AUGGCCAAAUUAUAUUCAAAGUCAGAAUUUCACAUAUUAAUGAAAAAAAUUGAGGCAACUUAUAUUAGGGUGAAGAAAUAUUUGGAAUUGGCGGGUUACAAAAAGUGGGCUAGGUCUUAUGCUAUAGUUCACCGAGGAUGGACUUUAACUUCAAAUAUUGCGGAGUCAAUAAAUGGAGUGCUUGUAUCAGCUAGAGAACUGCCAAUUUAUGACUUUCUUGAGGAAGUUCGAUUACUGUUGUAUCAGCCACGAAUAUGUGUAUACGGUACACGACAAACAAAAGCACUUCAUUGUUUGAAUCAAGGGAAAAAAUGCUCAUGUAAUGCUUUUCAAAUAGAUGAGAUACCAUGUGCACAUGCUUAUGCGGCGUUGGAGAAAAAGAAUUUUGAGAAGGGGCCAUGCUGUUUUGAUUUGUUUAAACUAAAAACUGUUUUGAAGACAUAUGAUGUUCCAAUCUACCCCUUGCCAUACAUCGAUGACUGGAUAAUUACAGGGAGCAUACUUGAUGAAAUAGUACUACCUCCAGAAUUCAAAAGACCUCUAGGAAGACCUGCAAAGAAGGAUCAUCGAAAAUCAGGCUGGGAUAUGUUUGGAAAGAAGAAUAUAAACUCAUGCGGUGGUUGUGAGGCUAAGGGUCACAAUAGACGUUCCUAUAGGAAAUAUCGCAAAUGA